ACCCCGCGGGCCCACAGCCAGCCCUAAUCGCGACCGAGAUCGACACCGGAGCGGGACCGGGAGCAUUCCCGGGCCAUGCAGCGCGUCAAGACUCCCGCCGCGCAGAAGCGGCCCCGGCGCACCCCGCUGCAGGAGCUGCAGCUGCAGUCGAACGCCGACCGGACCAGCCUGACCCCCCUGCUCCGCCGGCUGCGGCUCAAGGACCAUGACUGCGGCACCCCAGUGUCCUGUGCCCGGGGCCCCCGCAGCAGCGUCACCGCGGUGCCUCGCACCCCAGGACCCCCGCGAAGUGCUACCCUGGGCCCCCCCAGCAGCACCCCAACGCCGUGCACCCUGGAAUUCCCCAGCGGCACCACUUUGGAGACCCCCAUGACCUCCCCCCGGGCCUUCAGGACUCCUGUCCUUAAGCCUGGUGCCUCUGAGGCCCCCAGCAAUACCACCCUUAUUCCUGAUGCCUUGGAGACCUCCAGCAACACCAGCCCAGAGGCCCCUAGCAAUCCUAUCCCAGUGUCCAGCACGCCAGAGGUCCCUGACAAUACCAUGCCAGCCCUUCUGUGCAGUCCAGUCCUGGGGCCCAGCACCACCAUGCCAGCCUCUGUGUGUAACUCCAUUCCGGUGCCCAGCACACCAGAACCACCCAGCAACACCAUGCCAGCCUCUUUGUGCAGCUCUAUCCCGGUGCCCAGCACCCCAGAGCCCCCCAGCAGCAUUGUGCCAGCCUCUGUGUGCAGCUCCAUUCCAGUGUCCAGCACACGAGAGCCCCCCAGCACCAGCGUGCCAGCCUCUGUGUGCAACUCUAUCCCAGUGUCCAGCACCCCAGAGCCCCCCAGCAGCACCGUGCCAGCCUCUGUGUACAGCUCCAUUCCAGUGUCCAGCACACAAGAGCCCUCCAGUAGCAUUGUGCCAGCCUCUGUGUGCAGCUCCAUUCCAGUGUCCAGCACACAAGAGCCCUCCAGUAGCAUCGUGCCAGCCUCUGUGUGCAGCUCUAUCCCGGUGCCCAGCACCCCUGAGCCCCCCAGCACCAGCGUGCCAGCCUCUGUGUGCAGCUCUGUCCCAGUGCCCAGCACCCGAGAGCCCCCCAACAGCCCCGUGCCAGCCUCUGUGUGCAGCUCCAUUCCAGUGUCCAGCACCCCAGAGCCAGCCAGCAGCACCAUGCCAACCUCUGUGUGCAACUCUAUCCCGGUGCCCAGCAUUUCGGAGCCCUCCAGAAGCAUCGUGCCAGCCUCUGUGUGCAGCUCUAUCCCAGAGCCCUCCAGCAGCACCAUGCCAGCCUCUGUGUGCAGCUCCAUCCCAGUGCCCAGCACCCCAGAGCCCUCCAGCAGCAUCAUUCCAGUUGCCCUGUGCAGCUCCAUCCCAGUGUCCAGCACCCCAGAGCCCUCCAGAAGCCCUGUGCCAGUUCCCCUGUGCAGCACCAUCCCAGUGGCUGGCACUCUGGAGUCCCCUGGCAGCACCAUGUGCAGCCUUGUCCUGGGGCCCUGCACCCUGGAAUCCCCUGGCAGCACUGCCCCAGGGCUCCCCAACAUUAUUGUCUCAGUGUCUUGCAACCAAAACUCUCCAGGCAGCUCUGCUCUACCCCCCUGCAGCUCUGGGUCCCCUGGCAACGCCAGCACAGCCUCCUGCACCCCAGGGCCCCCUGGCACCAGCUCCACUCCGCAGAAAGCUCCUUUCCACGGGUGGCGAGCAGCACCUCCAGAUUUUUCCUGCAGCCUUCUGGCCUCCGAGCCCCCAUCUGCAAAUGGGAGUGCUGAUCCUCUGCAUUGCCAAGGCACCCCUGAGGGAGCCAAGUUCCCUGCCCCUGUCCCCCCAGAACAGAGCCCACCUGGCCUCCCUCCCAUUGAGACGAGUGGGUUGGAGCCUGCUGGAUCAGAAGCCACUCUCACCCGUGUCACCUCGCCUGAAUCAACCCUGGGUGCUGUGUCCUGGAUGUUGCCGCUGGUGUGGUUGGAGAAGACCCUCAACAGCUCAUUCCUGGUGGAAUCCCUGAGGCACAGCCUCCCCCUCAUCAAGCUGCAGCAGGACACCAAGAGCAGUGUCACCCCCGUGGCCACUGGCACCAGCACAACCCCUGUGGCCACCGUGGCCACUGGCACCAGCACAACCCCUGUGGCCACCGUGGCCACUGGCACCAGCAAAACCCCUGUGCCCACCAUGGCCACUGGCACCAGCACAACUCCUGUGCCCAUCAUGGCCACUGGCACCAGCAUGACCCCUGUGGCUACUGUGGCCACUGGCACCAGCACAACUCCUGUGCCCACUGCAGUCGCUGGUACCAGCACGACACCAGUGCCCACCACAGCCUUUGGGACCAGCAUGACCCCGGUGCCCACCAUGGCCACCGGCACCUUCAUGACACCUCGGGACAUGUGGGAGAGGAGCAUGAACACAUCCAGGGAAAGCAUCCCCUGUGCCAAGGACAGUGCUGUGGAAACAGACUCCCUGCUCUGGCACUGUCCCCGGGAGCAGCUGAAGACCCUGCCGCGGGCAGAGCUGGAGGGGAGGCUGGAGAGCACCCUCAUCAUCAUCGAAGCCCUCUCGCUGCAGCUGCGUGACUGGCAGCAGAGCCAGCGGCUGCGGCCUGGCGUGGGACCGGCCAAACAGAGGGAUGCGCUCACACAGACGGACGCCAUCCACCUUGAAGGGAGCACCUGGAGCAGCCAGAGUCUCCUGUUCUGGGGCCUGGCGGAUGCCGCUUUUCGGAGCUUGCAGGAUGAGCAGAGCUGUCACCCUCCACAGCAGGGGCAGGAGAGGACUCUGGUAUCCUCCAAGGUGCAGAGCUGUCUGGAAGAGCGGGAUGCCAUCAGGCAGCGAGUGGAUGAAGCCCUACGAGCCAAGGACCAGGAAUAUCUCUUCCUGGAGGCUUUCUUUGCCCAUGCCAGUGCUGAGAUCAGUGCCCGUGACCAGAGCCUGGCCUCCCAGCAAGAGCUGAGCACAUUGCUGGACCAUGCCAUGAACCUGCAGGCAUCCCUGUCUGCUGAGGCGCAGUCUUUCCGGGAGUUCUUAGAUGUCACCUUUGAAAAUCUGGAGAAGGAAAGGAGAGCCCUGGAUGAGGAGCGGGAGCAGAUGAGGGCCCUGGUGUUCCAGUCCCGUGCCCUGUUCGAGCAUGUGCCUGGCAAGCUGCGGAGCUGCCUGGAGGAGCUGGCUGCCACACGGGAACGAGCAGAGGAAGCUCUUCAAGCCAAAGAGGAGGUAUCCUGCCAGCUGGAGAAGACCUUGGUGACCCUGCAGAAUGCUGAGGCUCAGCUGGAGAAGCUGACAGUGGCCAACUCACGCCUGGGCAAAGACCUGAGCUCCGUGACAAUAAAGCUGGCCAGCACGGAGCAGGAGCGGGAUGCGCUGCAGCAGGAGAAUGAGAAGCAGUGGGAGGAGAUGGCCCAGCUGGCGCAGGAGAGGAACUCCCUGCAGCAGGAGUGCAAGGAGCUGUGUCAGGAGCUGCGGGAGGCCACCGAGUGCCGGGAGUUCCUGGAUCAGGAGAACCAAAUGUGCCGCAAGCAGCUGGAGGAGGUGGAGGCCAGACUGAACUCCACGAUGGCCACGCUGCAGGAGCAGGUCCUGCAGCACGAGGAGCUGAUGGAUUCCCACCAACACCUGCGGGAAGAGCAGGCUGCCCUCAGCAAGGAGCUGGACAGCACCAAGGCCGAGCUCCUCAGCUUGCAGACAAAGAGGAACAAAGUUUCUUGGUGCUCCACGGACAUUAUGGAGAGCAAGAUGCGGUUGCAGGAGCUCGCUGACUGCCUCAAGGCUGCUCUGGAAGAGCAGGAUGAUAACGAUGCUCCAUCAAGAAACAAAGCCUGGACCCCAGGCCCCCGGACCCCGGGCUGGCAGACCCCACGCCGUGCCUGGACCCCAGCCUUCCGCACCCCGGUGUGCCGCACCCCGCACCACGCCAGCAGCUCCUUUGUGGGCAGCGUCCUGAAAGCCGUGGCAGGCAAAGGUGCCAAUGAAACUACCAGAAGUGGGAGUACAGUUGCCAAGGACAAACUUGGAUCUGUGCCAAAGCAAACAGAGCCUGAGGACGCUCUGGUGGAGAGUGUGAAGGAGCUGAGAGCUGUGGUCUCCAACCUUGCCAUGCUGAGCUCCCGCAUCCAGGAACUGGAGCAGAGCGAGUUCAGGGCACUGCAGACAGAGAUCUCUGACCUGCAGCUGCGACUGGAGACACUGACAGCUGAGAGCCAGGAGAAGGUGGAUGCCCAGGCUGCCACCAUUGCCAAGCUGAACAAGGCGCUGAGGACCAAGCUCGAGAAUGAGAAGGAGCUGCAGGAUGCGGUGAAACAGCAGGAAGAGAAGAUGUUGCAAUUCAUCGACAAGAGUGGGGAAGUCACGAGACUGAAGGCAGAAGUCUCCCAGCUGAAGUGCUUGCUUCAGCGUGCAGAGACAGAGGCCAAGGUGCUGUGGGAGGAGAUGAGGAACAAGGAGCACCAGGUGGACACAGCCUACGUCCAGGAGCGGGUCAUGCUGCGGCGGGAGGUGGAUAAACUGAGGCUGAUGCUCGUGGAAAAAGAAAAUGAGAACAAACGGCUCACUGACAAGUACCUGGAGCAGGUCCGAGGGCUGGAGAUGAAACUCCAUCGUACCCAGAAAGUGCUGAGGACCCAGGAGGAGAUGCAGGAGAAGAUAAAAGAGGUCCUGUUGGCCGCCCCUGAGGUGGCUCUGGGUUGCCAGGAGCUCCAGAACCUGCUGCGCAACCUAGGCCUGAAGCCAGCCAGCAAGGAAGCUGCUGAGCCGCUAUAGCCUGUAGCCUGAAACCUUUCCUGUUGUUAAUGUUGUAAUUAUUUAUUGAAUAAAGUUGUGUUGGCUUUUA